GACAUCAAAUAAUUGAGUUUUACUUGCUCGAUCGAACCGUUCAUCGCGCAACGUCAUUUCAUAAAAUCCGCAUGCUGGUAGCCGCCUUUGCCAGUCGAUAGUCUAGCCUUCAACUGUCCGCCGCCAUGGCUGGGCGACCGCCUGGAGGAGGUUUCGAUACGGGACACUCGAAUAAUCGCGACGAUCUGUUACUCGACCUUGACAAUGACCAACCUGUUUACAGUGGCGGACAGCGCUCCAAUCUCAACGAUGACGACCUGAUGCGCUUUCACGAACAGAAUCAAGACCCCCCACCAGGACGUACCUCUGUGUCCUAUGACGACUUCGUCGGUGCUCGAGACGCGAACCAUGCUUCGACCGCACAACCUGCCGGCGGGUUAGGUGUACCGCCCAGAUCUGGUCCAGGUUCGAAUCCCUACCUUACGAGACAGUAUAGCCAAACUUCCGAACUCGGCAAUUACCAACGCUACGCUGAUGAUUUCGAUGAUUAUCCCGUCGAUGGCGACUCGUACUAUCAUCAAGAUGGAGGGGCAAGAGUUGACGAGACUACCCCGGGCCUUGGUAGGAACAACGCGCGGAAUCGAAACAGCGUCUUGGGCCUUGGUGGAGGUUUUCUUGGUAAAGUCAAGAAUAGGUUAGGCCUCGGUCAAGGAUAUUCAGAGAUGGAUCUGCCUCUGACAGAACCCGGCCAUGAACGAGGAGAUUCCGUUGGAGGGAACUCUCAUCAGCCACCGCAGCAGGCUCAAAAGGGCAGGUUUGAUAUGGGUAACUUCAAGUUUGGAUUUGGCCGAUCGAAGCCGGAUCCGUCAACCCUUGGUCCUCGACUCAUAUACCUUAAUAAUCCGCCAGCCAAUGCCGCCAACAAGUAUGUUGAUAACCAUAUCUCGACUGCGAAAUACAACGUCGCAACCUUUCUACCGAAAUUUCUGUACGAGCAAUUCUCAAAGUUUGCCAACAUCUUCUUCUUGUUUACUGCCGCGCUUCAGCAGAUCCCCAAUCUGUCACCAACGAACCCCUACACAACUAUUGCACCCCUCAUAGUGGUGCUUAUUAUAUCUGCCGUCAAGGAAUUGGUCGAGGACUACCGCAGAAAGCAAGCCGAUAAUGCUCUCAAUACUUCUAAAGCGCGGGUCCUACGAGGUUCAACUUUCCAGGAAACGAAGUGGAUCAAUGUGGCCGUCGGGGACAUAAUACGAGUGGAAUCGGAAGAACCUUUCCCUUCUGAUUUAGUUCUUUUGGCUAGUUCUGAGCCCGAAGGUCUCUGUUAUAUCGAAACAGCAAACCUUGAUGGUGAAACAAACCUCAAGAUCAAACAAGGGCUGCCAGAAACUUCCUCAAUGGUUUCACCCAAUGAGCUUAGCAGGCUGGGAGGACGUAUCAAGUCGGAACAGCCCAAUAGUAGUCUUUACACAUAUGAGGCAACAUUGACAAUGCAGACUGGAGGCGGAGAAAAGGAAUUUGCUCUCAAUCCAGAGCAACUCCUUCUCAGAGGUGCUACUUUGCGAAACACGCCUUGGGUUCACGGUGUUGUAGUGUUUACUGGCCACGAAACGAAACUCAUGCGAAAUGCUACUGCUGCUCCUAUUAAGCGUACCAAGGUUGAGAGGAAACUCAACAUGCUUGUCCUCUUAUUGGUAGGUAUCUUACUGGUUCUGAGUAUCGUGUGUACCGUUGGAGAUUUGAUCCAGCGGAAGGUCGAAGGCGAUGCUCUCUCCUAUCUCUUCCUGGAUCCCACCAACACUGCUGGUCAAAUCACUCAAACAUUCCUCAAGGACAUGGUCACAUACUGGGUUUUGUUUUCGGCACUGGUUCCCAUUUCUCUCUUCGUCACCGUGGAGUUGGUGAAAUAUUGGCAUGGAAUCCUGAUCAACGAUGAUCUCGACAUGUACUACGAUAAGAACGAUACACCUGCUACCUGCCGAACGUCAAGCUUGGUCGAAGAACUUGGCAUGGUUGAAUACGUAUUCUCAGACAAGACUGGAACCCUCACCUGUAAUCAGAUGGAGUUCAAGCAAUGUUCGAUUGCCGGAAUUCAAUACUCAGAAGAUGUGCCAGAGGAUCGUCGCCCAACUAUGGUUGACGGCGUUGAAGUCGGUCUUUUCGAUUACAAGGCGCUCAAGGCUAACCUCGCCAACGGACACGAGACUGCCCCUGCCAUCGAUCACUUCUUGUCACUGCUCGCAACUUGCCAUACUGUCAUUCCGGAAAUGGAUGAGAAAGGAGGUAUCAAGUACCAAGCUGCUUCUCCUGAUGAAGGCGCUUUGGUCGCUGGUGCCCUGGAUCUCGGGUUCAAGUUCACUGCUCGAAAGCCAAAGUCGGUCAUCAUCGAUGCUAAUGGCCGCGAACUUGAAUAUGAACUUCUUGCUGUUUGCGAAUUUAACUCGACUCGAAAGCGAAUGUCAACUAUUUACCGAUGCCCUGAUGGAAAGAUUCGAUGCUAUUGUAAGGGUGCCGACACCGUCAUUCUCGAACGACUCAAUGAUCAGAAUCCGCAUGUCGAAGUUACACUCCGACAUCUUGAAGAGUACGCCUCUGAAGGUCUGCGAACGCUAUGUUUGGCUAUGCGAGAAAUCCCAGAGAAUGAGUUUCAGGAAUGGUACAAGAUUUACGAUACUGCCCAGAUGACCGUUGGCGGCAACCGCGCUGAGGAAGUGGACAAGGCUUCGGAAAUUAUCGAGAAGGACUUCUUUUUACUUGGCGCAACUGCCAUCGAGGAUCGCCUUCAGGAUGGCGUUCCAGAGACAAUUCACACUUUACAACAGGCCAAUAUUAAAGUUUGGGUUUUGACUGGAGAUCGUCAAGAAACCGCCAUUAACAUCGGGAUGAGUUGCAAGCUCCUCAGCGAAGAUAUGAUGCUUCUGAUCGUUAACGAGGAAACGGCUGCUGCUACACGCGACAACAUUCAGAAGAAGAUGGAUGCCAUCAGGACGCAGGGAGAUGGCACAAUCGAAACAGAAACAUUAGCUUUGAUCAUUGAUGGAAAGUCUUUGACAUUCGCUCUCGAAAAGGAUUUGGAAAAACUGUUCCUUGACUUAGCCAUUAUGUGCAAGGCUGUCAUUUGCUGCCGCGUAUCUCCUCUUCAAAAGGCCCUUGUUGUAAAGCUGGUCAAGAAGUAUCAAAAGGAGUCCAUUCUUCUCGCUAUUGGCGAUGGAGCAAAUGACGUCUCCAUGAUUCAAGCUGCACAUAUUGGCAUUGGUAUCAGUGGUGAAGAAGGUCUUCAGGCCGCCCGAAGUGCGGAUGUUGCUAUCGCUCAAUUCCGCUUUCUCCGAAAGUUAUUGUUGGUUCAUGGCGCAUGGAGUUAUCAGCGUGUCACGAAGACGAUUUUGUUCUCAUUCUAUAAGAACAUCGCAUUAUAUAUGACACAAUUUUGGUACACAUUCCAAAACGUAUUUUCCGGUCAGGUUAUCUACGAGUCAUGGACACUAUCCUUCUACAACGUUUUUUACACCGUUCUACCCCCUCUAGCGCUCGGUAUUCUGGAUCAGUUCAUCUCGGCUCGCCUGCUGGAUCGAUACCCCCAGCUUUACAUGAUGGGCCAGCAGAACUACUUCUUUCGAUUCAAAGUUUUCACACAGUGGAUAGGCAACGCUAUCUACCAUUCUAUUGUGCUGUACAUUUGGGCGCAGCUCUUCUGGUAUGGUGACCUUAUCCAAGGAGAUGGCAAGAUUGCUGGUCAUUGGGUGUGGGGUACGGCGCUCUACGGUGCCACUCUCCUCACCGUCCUAGGUAAGGCUGCUCUAGUCACCAACAACUGGACCAAGUACCAUGUCCUCGCCAUACCUGGAAGCAUGGCCAUUUGGUACGUGCUUACUGCCGUCUAUGGUAUCGUAGCGCCUAUGGCAGGCGUGUCCAUGGAGUACUUCGGUACCAUACCAAGGAUCUACGAAAGCCCCGUGUUUUGGCUCCAAACGGUCUGCCUCGCCAUUAUGUGCCUCUUGCGUGACUUUGUCUGGAAGUAUGCGAAGCGUAUGUACCGACCACAGACAUACCAUCACAUCCAGGAAAUCCAGAAGUACAAUAUUCAGGACUAUCGGCCCAGAAUGGAGCAGUUUCAGAAAGCAAUUCGGAAAGUGCGGCAAGUGCAACGUAUGCGUAAACAACGCGGAUAUGCCUUCUCGCAAGCAGACGAGAGUCAAACACGUGUGCUCCAAGCAUACGAUACCACGAAGCAUCGUGGACGAUAUGGUGAGAUGGCCAGUUCAAGGCCAGCGGGCAGGUAACCGGCAGGGGCAGAAGGGGAGAUGGAUCGUGCGCAGGUCUUUUGAGAAUGCCUGUGUGGUUCGCGUGACGAAUACAAAAUAUUGG